AUGCUUCAAUGCUUUCUUACAGAUGUCGAGGGUGUCCUAAGUCUUGGAAAACCUCGUCGGAAACCAUCCCCGUCAUCACGUCCACUUGACAAUGACAAGUGGACAGCAUCCGCAUUGGACAAUAUCUGUGUCGAGGAACUGGUUGACUUAAUGGCUGCCAAAACGCCACUGGGCCCUGCCGAUGUGCCGAAAGCGCAACAUGUUCGUAGAGGACUAUUAGGACCUACGCGGCAGUACCAUUUUGUAAAGCAAGACGGCGUCCUUCUCCUGCAGAGACCCAUGCAUCAACGCCAUCUGCGCCCUAGACUUGAGGGGACUGACACAUCUGCCUGUGCCUCUACGCGCAUCAAAGUGUCGAUUCUAGCAUUGCCCCCUGAGCUUCGGAUGCCGAUAUACCGCCACCUGCUCGUGAGCGAAGUGGACUAUGACUGCCCCGUCAUCUGCCCCAACACCGACGGUUUCCGCAUCGUCACUGGUGCCACCAAGUCUCAGCCCCGUGGACUCUCUCCAGAAAUCCUCGCCACCUGUCGCCUGAUCAACCAAGAAGGCACACCGGUCCUCUACGGGGAGAACAUGUUCUCGCGAGAGUUCUACUGGCCGCGGAGGUGGCAUCUAUCCCGGAACCGGAGCCGACAAGUCCAGUGGCCACUCUCUGAGAGCUCUAAACUGCGCUUCGCUAGGGGCUUACAAUACAUAUCCCGCCUGAGCAUAUCCCAGCAGCAGCACCAGUGGCUACUCGGUGACGGCGAGCUAAAAGUCUUCCGGGAUUUCCCGUCAGCGGCAAGAAAACAGCCAAGAUUGAGAAAAAUCCAAUGCCAGUUUUGGCUGGCCAAGGAUCAUAAUUACGGGACUUGGAUUGCGCGGUGUCGGGGCCGGCGGCUGGAUUUCAGUUUGCAUGACGCAAAGAAGAAGCAGUUUGAGCGCUACAUGGCAGAGGAAAACCUCUUUGGCGACCGGAGUACUAUCUGGUCUUUUGUGACCAACGUGCAUGAAGACUCUGGACCGAGUUGCUCGUUAGAGCUUCUUAUUGCUGAAUGCCAUGGCGUCCCUGGAGACGAUGCGGCACGGACACCCGUUGUCGUGUGUCGUACAAUCGGGGGCUACGCUCUGGAUCAUGAUGCUGAAACUACUUCAUCUCAACCUGACACUUGA